AUGUAUGUACAGAGCCCGAACUAUCACCUCGCCAGAAACGUUUCCCGGGCAAAGCCAGGCCUUUUGUGUGUUCUGCUUUUCACGAGUUGUUGCACGCAAAAUCUUUUUGCGGAAGCUCUCGUGAAUACGGUACUCAUUGGUGGAGACACUGACACGAAUGGUUGUAUCGGGGCAGCGCUUUUGGGAGCGCAUUUCGGUGAAACAAGAAUUCCAUUGAAGUGGCGAGAGAAAGUAAAAAAGGCGGCGAUUCGUAUAAAAGAAGAAAAUGGGAUCAUUCCAGUGAAAGAGAUCGUGCAACAACGGAAAACGGAACAAUUGCGAAUCGUGAACACAAAACCAACAAAAUGUUUGUGCUGUAGUAAAGGAAAU